CCCUUUGAAUUUUUUUUUGUUUUCUCUCCGAUGAUUGUGAAAUUGAUUGAAUUUGCAGACCCUUUUGUUAGAUUUUCAGUUUCCGGAUGUGAUUCUGUUUCUAAUUUGGAGAAUUUUGAUCGGAUUUUGUUGUUAGGGUUUAUGUUGGAUUUUUAUUUAGGUGUUUUCGUAAUAGGGUUUUAGUGAUUUAUCUCGAACCAGGAUUAUAGAUAUGAAGAUGCUUGCAAACAUUCUUGAUUGUUUUUUUACUUAUUUUGAUUUGUUUCUGUGUACUACUUGGUUAAGUCUUCAGGUGUUACUUGGAGAUGUUGGAGCUGGAAAAUCAAGUCUUGUGUUACGUUUUGUCAAAGAUCAGUUUGUUGAAUUCCAGGAAUCAACCAUUGGUGCUGCUUUUUUCUCACAAACGUUAGCUGUCAACGAUGCAACUGUCAAGUUUGAGAUUUGGGAUACAGCGGGUCAGGAACGGUACCAUAGUUUGGCUCCAAUGUACUACAGAGGUGCUGCUGCUGCAAUCAUUGUCUUUGAUGUUACGAAUCAGGCCUCGUUUGAGAGGGCAAAGAAAUGGGUUCAGGAACUGCAGGCACAAGGUAUUGUAUAGCUAAGUUAUGGCUUUGAUUUUUCUUUGUUAGUUUAUGACUAACAGUUGCAGGCACUGUCUAGCUUUAGUCUCUGU